CCUGUCACAGGUCUUCCACUUGUGAAAGUUUGACCAAAAAAAUAAAAAACUCCAAAGAAAACUGAAUCCGAGAUGGGAUUGGGUCGAAACGACUCGCCCGGGUCAGGCGACCCAGGGCCAAGCGGGGAAUCGGAAGCCACCGCCACGAUGGAGCCGCGACGAUUCCCUCCGGCAGCUCAGCCAGAGAUAAUGCGAGCAGCGGAGAAAGACGACCAAUACGCAUCCUUCAUCUACGACGCCUGCCGCGACGCCUUUCGUCACCUUUUCGGUACGAGAGUUGCAGUAGCUUAUCAGAAUGAGACAAAACUUCUGGGUCAGAUGCUUUACUAUGUUCUAACAACAGGUUCUGGCCAGCAAACACUAGGAGAAGAGUACUGUGACAUCACUCAGGUUGCAGGACCUCAUGGCCUUUCCCCAACACCUGCUAGACGUGCUCUCUUCAUUGUGUAUCAGACUGCGAUUCCUUAUAUUGCAGAAAGAAUCAGCUAUAGGAUUGCAUCCCGUGGUAUAACCCUUGCUGAGUUACAGUCUGAUGAGUUCUACAGUAGUAAUGCUCCUGAGAGGAGUCAAGUAGAGUCAUCCACAGGGAUCGAAAUUUCUUUGCCGUCGGAAUCAAGGGCAUCAGUUUCUGUACUGUCGAGGUUGAAAGAGAAACUGAGUGGAAUGUGGUUGCAUGCAGUUCAGAGAUGGCCAGCAAUGCUGCCUAUAGCUCGUGAAUUCUUGCAAUUGCUUCUACGUGCUAAUCUCAUGUUCUUCUACUUUGAAGGUCUCUAUUAUCAUAUAUCAAAACGUGCAGCUGGCAUUCGCUAUGUGUUCAUUGGAAAGCCAUCAAAUCAAAGACCCAGGUACCAGAUCCUGGGUGUGUUCCUUUUAAUUCAGCUCUGCAUCAUUGCUGCUGAAGGUCUACGACGCAGCAACUUAUCUUCAAUUGCAAGUUCAAUUCAUCAGACCUCAUUAGGGUCCCAUCAAAAUCCAACAGGAGGUUUGCCUGUUUUAAAUGAAGAAGGCAACUUGAUACCCAUGGAGGCUGACCAGGGUAGUUGGGUUGGUGAAUCUUCAGAGCUAGCAGUUGGUGUAAGCAAAUGCACCUUAUGCCUGAGCAAUCGCCAACACCCAACAGCUACGCCAUGCGGUCAUGUAUUCUGCUGGAACUGCAUAAUGGAAUGGUGCAACGAGAAGCCUGAAUGCCCACUCUGCCGUACUCCCAUAACUCAUUCAAGUCUAGUUUGUUUAUAUCAUUCAGACUUCUAGCUUGUGAUUACAAGCACUGCUGAAGUCAACACCCAGGAAGAGUUAACAUAUUCAAAGCAACCCACUUAUCCUACUAUUUUGCUCAUGCAAAUAAUUUUGUAACUAUACAAAAGAAUAAGGAUUAGUAUAUUGAUAGCUUCACUUGGACUGUAAUUGUAGUUGUAUGUAACCAAGGGCAGGAGUUUUUCAAUAACCAUUGUAAUUGUAAUAGAUAAUUUCCCCUCCAAACUAAGAUUAGGGCAUAUAUGCAUGGACCUCAUGUUCAGUUCCCCUUAGCAAAAUUGUAAUUUUCCAAUAAAUCAGUUUAUUUUCCCCUUACGGAUAAAUUUCCAUUUAUAAUUUCAUUUUUGAGAAAAAAGUUAAGGUAGAGAAAGGUUAUUCAAUUUUAGGGUUAAUGCAUGCUGCAAGCUUCAACG